AUGAAGUCCCUACCGACUCAUGUCAACCUAGCCACUAGUCCUCAUCAGUGUUCCGUCUGUUUCAAAUCCUACAAGCGACGGGAGCAUCUCCAGCGACAUCGCAAUUCCCACUCCGCCGACCGGCCGCAUCGAUGUCCGGCCUGUCCGGGUACUUUCCAGCGAGCCGACGUCCUGCGACGGCACCUCCGAACAUGCGACCGCAUUAUUUCUAGUGCUUAUCAGGGAGCGACCCGUAAGCGUGCUUGUGAUCGCUGUGCACGUCAGAAAAAAGCUUGCAACAGCGCCCGACCGUGCCAGAACUGUUCCAAGAGGGGAGUCGAGUGCGCCUAUUCCACGCCGAAGAUUGAUACCCAGACGGUCGAGGAGAGAGCUUCUACGUCGAUUUCUCUAGGUGCCGAAUGUAGUAAUGUUGCGGCAGCGAGUGUUGAUGUGUGGAUGCCUCGAACUGGAGACGGCGAGCGGGUGGACAGCAUUGGAUUUGACACUUUCACCUAUCCAGACCUCGAUCUCAUCCAAUACUCUGACCAGUCAUGGCAAGAUCUGUUUAAUAUAGGUUCGGAGGAUCUCUCUCUGACGAGCGCCGACCGCAACUACUUCUUCCAUUUCCUGGAUGCUUUCACCAGUCGGACUGGCUUCGUUUCUUCCUUUGAAUGUGGAACAUUGGAGCAGAGAUUGGGGGUCCUGUAUAACAUCGAGGAGAAAGAGCAGCUCACAGACGCUUUCUGGACCAUUAACGUGGACCAAUCGAGCAAUCAAGAUAGCAACAACUCGUACGGCGUCUCAUCGCAAUGGCUCAAUGACCCGCUGGCCUUACAGACGCAUCAAAUUCUUCUUCUAAUAAAGGAGGUCGUCCUGAUAAAACCGCGCAAUAGCUGUGUGACCAUCUCGUGGUCUCCGGACAUCGAGCAACGAUGUCUGCAGUUCUUCUCUCCUACGAGUCUUCGAAAAUAUAUUGAACUCUACUGGUCGAUCUGGUCUCCAAACGUGAACUUUCUCCAUCGACCAAGCUUCCACCCGGCGAGCUCCAAGCCAAUCCUUCUGGCGUCUAUGGCCAUAAUUGGGGCCUGCGUUUCGCCAAAUCGUGAAGAUAACGACAAUGCUCGGAUGUGGUUCAAUUGUGUAGAAGAGGCUACUUUUGCCGAUGAGGACUUCAACCGGGAUCCAGUCUCGCCAUUCCACUCCGUUCGUGACAGACAGAAGAUGCAGGCUCUGCAGGCCGCUUACAUGGUCUGCUUGUACCAAAAUUGGGAAGGAACUGAUGCUAGCAAGAAGCGCAUUCGCAGACAUCGCUUUAGCACCGUCGUUUCGACCGUUCGUGAUCUUGAUAUCAUGACAGCGCGACAUGUCGACUACAACGCGAAGCAUAGGGAUGAGUUUGACUGGAACGAAUUUGUCGCCAGGGAAGAGUUGAUCAGGACUUUCAUCUGGGUCUUUCUGCUGGAUACGGCGUUUGUCACCUUCAACAACUUGCCUCCACGAAUGGUUGUCAAGGAAAUGAAGAUGCAUGUGGCUGCCCCCGAGUCCUGUUUCCAAGCACCUACGGCCGAUCAGUGUUACGACGCAAUUCGGAAUUGGAUGCCUCCUGCGAGCCUCUGUUGGAAUUUUUCCUUCCGUGCACUGUUCGAGACCCUGUGCAUAGACGACCUGACAGUAAAGAUGCAACAAGACGUGGCAGCGCUGGGUCCAUUGAACCUUUUCACAAUCAUCUCUGGCAUUCACUCCUUGGUCUUCCAAUACCAGAGUUUCUUCAGCGCAGGGCAUCUGCUCGUACGGACUCACACCGCGCUGCGAAACUUCAAGCAGAUUUGGCACCUCUAUGAAACCACAACAAUCGGGCAGUUGCCGCAUACGACGGUGGACGAGAGCAAUUUGAAUUCAGACAACAUGUGGCAGAGAGUGGGAUUCUGUCGCCACGCGGGCGAUUUCUGGCUACUUGCAAGUGUCAAAGUGGACCGACUGUCUGUAGCGGAAGCAGAGCAGGAAAAGGCAAUCAGAGGAGAAGUUGUGCUCGAAGACAGCGAACAGAGGGACCCGAUUUUGUCGCAAUAUGACCAAACGACCAAGUUUAUGCUCGAGGCGUAUAUCGAUACCAUGCUGCCUUUAGCGCUCCUUGGGGUUGUCGGGGCCCUUGUCUUUCUGGUAUUUCGUCUGCUAUCCAUAGGUCAACGGCCCAAGAACUACCCUCCUGGACCUCCUACCUUACCUCUCAUUGGUAACAUUCAUCAGAUGCCCACUCGCGAUGCCCAUCUGCAGUUCCAAAAGUGGGCCCAAGAGUACGGGCCCGUCUACAGUCUGAUUCUAGGGACCAAAACCAUGAUUGUCCUGUCAAGCGAUCAGGCUGUCAAAGAUCUGUUGGAUAAGCGAAGUGCGAUGUACUCGCACAGACAGGAUAUGUACAUCGGCCAAACGCUAUGCAGCGGAGGGCUUCGAAUGCUUAUGAUGGGAUACACACCAGUCUGGCGAGGCUUUCGGAAAAUGGUUCAUGGCCUCCUCAAUGUGACCGCUGCCAAGUCCUACGUUCCCUACCAGAUGCUCGAGAACAAACAGAUGAUGUACGAGUUUCUCACUCAGCCAGAGCGCUUCCUGUACAGUAUUCGUCGCUACUCCACUGCUCUGACCACCACCAUGGUCUUUGGGUGGCGCACGCCGACAUACGAGGAUGAGAAAAUGAAACAGCUUUUUGACGGCUUUUCUGAGUUUGCCGAGAUAAAUCAGACGGGAACAGCUGCGCUUAUUGAUUUCUUCCCGUGGCUGAGACAACUGCCGGACUUUCUGCUCCCGACACAGAAGAGAGCCAAGGAACUUCACGAGCGGGAAAAGGCUCUGUACGUGGGCCACUAUCUGCGAGCAAAACAGGAUAUCCGCGACGGAAAGAUGAAGCCCUGCUUUUGUGUCGGUCUGGCCGAGGCCCAGAAGUCGGGCGGAUUCAGUGACGAUCAGGCUGCGUACAUCUCCGGUACGUUGUUGGAGGCCGGUUCCGACACCACCUCUAGCACUCUGUAUGCGUUCGUUCAGGCGAUGCUACUCUUCCCUGGCGUGCAACGCAAGCUUCAAGCGGAGAUUGACCGUGUCGUGGGUCCCCGUAUGCCGAUGAUGGAUGAUGAGCAGGAGCUGCAGUAUGUUCGCGCUUGCAUGAAAGAGACCCUGCGCUGGAUGCCGACGACCAUUCUCGGCGCGGUGCCCCACGCCGUCACACAGGAUGACGAGUACAUGGGUUAUCUUAUCCCCAAGGGGGCUGGUGUCGUGAACAACGUAUGGGCCAUCAACAUGGACGAGAAGCGCCACCCCAACCCGCGGGUGUUCAACCCCGAGCGGUACAAGGACGAUCGCCAAACCUUGGCUGAAGCAGCCGCCAACCCUGAUGCCACCAAGCGCGAUCAGUUCACGUUUGGUGCCGGUCGCAGAAUUUGCCCUGGAAUCCACAUCGCCGAGCGCAGCCUGUUCUUGGGAAUCUCGCGCAUGAUGUGGGCUUUCAAUGUGGAGCCAGCAUUGGAUGAAAAAGGGCAGCCUAUCUUGCCUGAUGCAGAUCGUUUGACCCAAGGGUUCGUCUGUAUGCCAGAGGAGUUCCCUGCUCGUAUCACACCACGGUCGCAGGCCAGGGCGGAUAUGGUCAUCAAGGAACGGAAGGAGGCGGAGCAACAAUGCUUGGAUCCAGAGACUAAGCAGUGGUUGCUCUCGCCAGUGCAAUAG